AUGGCCGGCCCAGCCAACGGAAGGGCAAAAAAGUCCAAAAACUCGCCCAGCGGCAGUGCCAAUGGCUCUACCAACGGCAGUAGCAGCGGAAAAUCAAAUGGCCACACAGAAAAGACGCAACUGACGACGCGGUCGAGACGCUCGCAACGGCCCCGACCAAGUUUCACAGGCGCCCUCACAAGCAUGAUUGCGAGGUUCACCACCUGGUAUCUCAUCGUCACCUUCAUCUUCCGGUGUCCCGACUCGCUCACUCAGCUGAAUGACGAGUCUCCACGCGUGUGCAAGCCCUAUCUACAGACCCGUUCCUACGCCGCACCCUACCUUGACCCAUACUACGAGACAUACGUUGCCCCGCAAAUUGACAAGGUCAAGCCCUACACCACACCUGUUGUGACAUUCGCCCAGGAAAAGUACGAAACAUAUGGUGCACACCGCGUCGAGCAGGCCAAGCAAUAUGCAGAGGCCGAGUACCACAAGACUGUCCGGCCCCAGCUGCUGAAAGCACAGGACCAAGUCAAGGCACAGUACAACCAACAUCUCAGCCAACAUGUCGACAAGGCGACCCACGCCGCCGCCCCUUACUACAACGACCUCAAGGCAAGCUCCGAGGAGAUUUACCAUCUUACCCUGCUACCAGCUUACGAGCGUUCCCUGCCCUACCUAAGAAAGGGACACGCAUACGGCCACCAUGUCCUCGUCCAUGUUGUCUACCCUCACGUCCAUACUGCAAAAGACGCUACGUGGGCCUUCUUCCUUCGUAGUGUUUGGCCUCAACUACGAGUGCUGUAUGGAGACAACGUUGAGCCUCAAUUGGUUCGUAUCUCCGAAAGACUGGGCCGUUACAAGAACCAGCAAAAGGUCGAAUCUGUCAUGUCUGCUGUCGAAUCUCAGACCGCUCUUUCAUCAGAGUCACUCAAGCAUACUCCCACCGUUGCAAGCUCCUCUGCCUCUGUUGCAUCCCCCAGCUCUACUGGAGGCUCUGGUUGGGGUGUUCUUGACGACUUCUUCGGUAGUGAAUCAGCUAGCACAGCUUCAAACGAUCAUGCUCCAGCCCAAGUCAGCCCUGAAAAGCCCAAACUGACCGGCGCCGAGCUGCAAGAGAAGCUCAACCAAGAUCUACGUGACUGGCAGACCAAGUUCGCAACAGCGGCAGACAAGGGCGCUGAAGACCUGGAGACACGAGUAGCUGACAUCACCAAGCGACAAAUUGACAACGCAGUCAACGGACAUGGCAAGGCUUUGCUAGUCAAGCUUGAAGAGACUGCAGACGCCACUAUCGCUAAGCUCAAGAAGUUCAUCAAGAAGACCGUCGCUGCGCUCCCCGAAGACGCUUCAGAAGCAGAGCUAGAGGCUGCACACGAGAAAUGCAGUGUCAAGACCCGCGAGCUCGGCCUCACUGUCAAGGAGCGGGCACAGGAUAUUCGUGCUUGGAAGGCAUCCUAUGAGGAAGAGAUCGAUUCCCUGGUACAAGCUGCUGUCAGGAGCACCGUUGAGGUUCUUGAAAAGAUCCACAGUCUCGGCCUUCAAGAAGUUGGCAUGCGAUGGGCUUGGACCGAUGGCGUCACAUAUCAAGACUGGCAAAACUACCAUAAGCUCAGGAACACACUUGAAGAGUGGCAGGCUGAAGUCGAGGCUGUCGGCUCAAGGCACGAUGGCCUACGCAUCGCCCAUGAAGAGGCCCGAAAGCUUGAAGACAAGGCCAUGGCUAUCGCUUCGAACAUGGUUUCUGAAUUGGUACGGUUGAAGGACGUCUCCAAGUCGAAGAUCUGGGCAGGCGAUGCUACCGAUGACUUUUCUGACAAGGCCUUUGCUCCCCGCAUUCGCAAAGCUGCUCAGCAGGUCAUCGAGAAUGUUGGAGAUGUCUCAUCUCAAAUUUCCGAGGCUAUCCAGGGUAGUUCUACACCCGUUACCGAGAGCGUCGCCUCCUCUGCCGAAGAGGCAUACGCUGAGGUCUCUUCCCAGGCAUCCGAAGCUGUACAGGGUAGUUCAACAGCGCUUACCGAAAGUGUCGCCUCUUCCAUCAGUAACGCCGCUUCCGCUGCUUCAUCUCAGGCUUCUGAAGUCGUUGUAGGUAGCGAAACCCCACUUGCAGAGAGUGUCACAUCCUCUGUUGAGGAAGCAGCAUCACAGGUCUCAUCUCAAGCUUCUGAGGCUAUUCAAGAUACACUUCCUUCUGAGAGCGUGCUUUCUCAAGCCUCCUCUAAAGCGUCUGAGGUGGUUGAUGACACCGCUGCAACGGCGACUGAGGUCUAUAAUGCCCCCAAGAAAGUGUUUGGUGGAGCCAAUGCGCAAAUCCUCGCCGAGGCUAAGCAAGUUGUCUUUGACCAACCCCUGGACGAUGAAGAUGACGACGACACAUACUCUGGUAAAGUGCAGGAGGUGCUAGCAGGCGCUGGAGACCGAGCUGCUGAGAUGAGCAGAGCUGUCAGCGAAGCGCUUUUGGGCCCUACAAAGACACAGGGUAGCGUCAAAUCGGCAUCCUCGAUCGCAAGCGAACAGUACGCAAAGGCACUUGCCGCUGCAUCGAGUGUGUUGUACGGAACCGAGCAAGCAGCUGUUGAGAGUGCCACCAGCGUCGCAGCCGAAAAAUACGCUCAAGCUGUGACUGCGGCAUCAUACGCCAUCUUCGGUACACCAACACCUACUGCAAUCGUUCAAACCAUCCAGAUCGAAGCAAACUCGCGUUACAACGAUGCUGUACGCGUCGCCAGUGAACAGCUUGAGAACGCCAAGGCACAGUUGUCUCUCCUAGUUUCUGGUGAGCCGCAACCUGCUCAUAAGACCAUGCUCUCGUAUUUCGAAAAGGCUUAUUCGGAUUCCGUCGCUGCUGCCAGCGAACGCUUGGUGAAUGCUAUGCAGUACACUGAGUCAGUGAAAAGCUAUGCUGCUCGUCCUACCCAAGGGUACUUCGAGUCGGUCUCGUCCAUUGCAUCUUCUCGACUCGCAGAAGGUCUGAGCCAGGCUUCCUCUCAAUUCUCACCUCAGUCCACUGGUGUCGCUGAUGGCGCUCGCCGACAAUACUACGAAGCUAUCGGCCUUGCGCAUGCCCGGUACUCUGAGUUUCUCGGUGCUGCUUCGAGCGCUGUCUAUGGACACGAACAAGGUACCAUUGAGUCUUUGGCCUCUGUUGCGUCUGCUUCUGCUGCUUCUGCGGCAUCCGUAGUCUCCGGAUCGGCGCAAUCAGCCGCUGCCAACGCCCAAGCUGCUGCGCAAUCUGCUGCCUCUCAGGUCAGCUCUGGUGUUGUUGGUUCUGAAACCCCGUGGACUGAGUCCGUCGCCUCUCAGGCAAGCCAGAACUGGGAAGCGCUCAUUUCACAAGCGAGUAACCAAGUCUACGGCCAGCCCACGCCGUGGGCAGCGUCGGCCUACUCUCAAGCAGGCGCAUAUGGUGCCCAGGCUACUGCAGCGGCUGCUCAACAGUAUGCUGCGGUUCAGGCUCUCAUCUCCGAGCUUGUUGUUGGCAAGGAACCAGACUUCACCGAGAGUGUCAUGAACCGCUUCGCAUCCGCAUACUCCACGGCUCUCCCUGCAGCCAUGGCAUCCGCGCAAUCUUAUGCAAGCGAGGGUAUGCACGCUGCCAGCUCUUACGCUGGCGACGGCUACGACGCAGUGACUGACGCAGCUGCUGAUGCUUACGCCUCGGCUUCGUCUGUGGUUAGUGCUGUCUUCACGCCCCCAGCUAUGAUUGAAGACGUUAUGAGCCAGGCUAGUGCAUCCUUGGACAUGGCCGUUGAAAGUGCAUCUAUCGCCCUUUAUGGAACUCCCAAGGGUGCUGCCGAGCAAGCGAGCGAGUCUGUGGCAAGUGCAUACUCAUCUAUCCAAUCUCAAGUGAGUGAGAAGCUAUAUGGGACUCAAGCAGCUCAGGACAGCUUCUCAUCCGCCGCCAUAUCUGCACAGGCUGCUAUCAGCGCCGCCAUUUUCGGUACGCCUACCGCCGCAGAUUAUGUUGCGUCUGCUACAAGCGGUGCCGGUGGUGUCUACAACUCAAUCUCAUCUGCCAUGGGCGAAAACGCGGCCUACAUAUCGUCAGCGGCCAGCUCCGCCGUUUACGGCCCAGAACAAGGCGCCAUGGAAAGUGCCAACAGCCGAAUUGCAGACGCGGUAGCUGCUGCUAACAGCCGUAUUGCGGAGAUGUACGCCGCCGCCUCUGAAGGUGCAGAAAAGGCCGCCAGCAGCCUCUCCAGCGCAGCUACUCAGGCCACCCAAGCUGUCAAGGACGAACUAUAGGCGAUCCGUCUCUUUCUUCACUUGAUACCCGGUUUGGCUUAGGUACAGGUAGCACGUGUUUUGAAUGGACUUUGCCGCCCAGCGACAUAGACCCAGACAAGGCUACCCUCAGUCAGCCCAUACUAGAAAACCCCUACGAGAUAAUAUGCUUAUGCUUUUUGUCUCUUUCUCCACUACACCAUCAAUCGCUACGACACGACAUCACCUGUAUCAACACAUAACCCACUGUUCUUUUUUCUUCUCAACACUCAUCACGAAUCAUUGUACCCCACGCGGCUUUAGUCAGGAGUAACCUCCAGUUGAUCUGGAGUCGUCUUACCGCGCGCGACCUUGACAUUAAAAGAAGGAAGAAAAGCAACCAUCAUUGGAGGAAACGAAAUGAAACGAGGUGAACGCCCUGUGUAUGUAGUUUAUGAAUGAAAGUAAAUCUCUUUUUCGGUUC